AUGGAGCUGUGUGUGUGUGUGUGUGAGACGGCCAUUUGGGUGAGACGUCUGUACGUGGAGGCUGGUGUGGUUGGGGGAAUGAAGUGGUUGUCGGAUGUGGUGCACUCGUUGGGCCUCAAAUUUGGCAUCUACUUGGACUUUGGGACGAAGACGUGUGCCGGAUUUCCAGGCAGUUUGGACUACCUUGAAGUGGACGCGGCUACUAUGGUUGAUUGGGGUGUCGACUACAUCAAAAUGGACGGCUGCUACAGCAAACCCAGUAUCCAAGCCGAUGGAUAUGCAAUGUUUGGACAGUUCUUGAAUGCCUCCAACCGUCCGAUAGUGUUUUCUUGCAGUUAUCCCGCCUAUCAACACUGGACCGAUGGUGAAAAACUUAACUGGUCCCAACUUGUCGAAAACUGCAACCUCUGGAGAAUGCUAGGCGACAUUCAGGACUCGUGGGCUUCAGUACUGUCAAUAAUGCGCGAUUAUGAGACGCAUCGGGAGACACUGAUUCCGCUCGCUGGACCGGGUCACUGGAAUGACCUUGACAUGCUUAUAGGUGGGAAUUUUGGGCUCUCGUGGGACGAGACUCGAGUGCAAAUGGGUGUGUGGGCUAUGCACGCUUCUCCUCUCAUCCUCUCCCUCGACCUAGCCACUGUCCAUCCUGAAAUGAAGGAGAUUCUUCAAGCACCGCUCGUCAUUCGUGUAAAUCAGGACAAACUCGGCAAACCAGCCGAACUUCUCAUUCCUGAGUUAGGAGUAAAGGUAUGGACACGAAAACUUGCAGAUUUCAAUGCGGGUUGGGCGUUGGCAUUUCUCAACCUUAAUGACGAAUCUGGCUUUCCGAGAGCCCUUGUCAUCGCCCUGCAUGAACUUGGGAUUCCACCAAACGGUGAUGGUGGAAGCACCUUCAGACUGAUCGACGCCUUCACGGGAUCGGACCUCGUGACCACUAACUCCACGGAGCCUUUUGAAGUCCGCAUCAAUCCUAGCGGAAUAGUUAUGCUGAUUGCUCAACCACUUCAAUAA